AUGCAUGAUCAUUACCUCGUUGGCCUGGACUUUUCCAACACUGGCAGCGAGCCCUCCACCUAUGCCCUCGAGUGGGUGUCCCAGCACUUCCUCGCCGAGGGUGAUCGCCUGACUGUCGCCACAAUCCUUCCCAACAUCGCAACCGAGGAGAUCCAGGAGGCCGAGCAGGCAGUCAUUGCGCGCGCCCAGGCCCUGCUGGAGCACAUGGCCACAACCUACUCCAAGAAGCACAUCGAGGCCGAUUUCAAGCUGAUUCACUCAUCGCAAGACACUGCAUUGGCGCUGUGCGAGAUGGCCGUUGAUGUCAAGGCCACCAACCUGGUUCUCGGAUACGACCCCUACAAGAAGUCACACCACAUGGGCAACUAUUGCUUGGACAACUCCGAGGUCCCCGUGACUGUUGUCCGCCCCGUAUACCACUACAAAUGA